AUGCCACUCAGCGUUGCGACGCGACUUGGCCUCUACACCUUCAAACCGACCCAAGUCACUCUUGUACUAGCUGAUCGUUCCACUCGACGCCCAGAAGGAGUGCUGGAAAACCUACCAGUGCAAAUUGGGAACUGCUACAUUCCUACUGAUUUCAUAGUUCUUAAGCUUGACGAGGAAUCCCAAGAACCGAUCCUACUUGGAAGACCUUUCUUGGCCACGGCUGGUGCGAUGAUAAACGUCAAGGAAGGGAAGAUUGAUCUACACAUGGAUGAUCUGAUUUUGAGAUUCAACUUGGAGAAAGCAGCUAAGAAACCUACGAUUGACGACCACCUUUCUAGGUUGAGAAUCGAUGAAGAAAUCCCCAUAGAUGACCGACUCCCUGAGGAGAAUGUGUAUGUGGUUGCGGCCUUCCUCGACUGCUACAAGGAGAAAGCUGAUGUUAAGGUACUUCAACAAACAGUUAAUGAUUCGCCAUGGUAUGCCGAUAUCGCAAACUAUUUGUGUGUUGCAGAAGAACCUCCAAAUUUCAAUGGGUAUGCUAAGAAAAAGUUCCUUAGAGAUGUGCAACGCUACUUCUGGGAUGAGCCCUUUCUCUACAAACAUUGUGCUGAUGGCCUCUACAGGAGAUGUGUUCCAGAAUCAGAG